GCCUUCUCCUCGACGCUGAACCGUCUUCCCUUCCCUCCCGUCCGCGUCCGUCUUCAUCGAUUGUGUCAUCAUCAUCUAUCCUACCUUGCUUUUUUCCUCCUCCUCCUCCUCCCCCCUCCUCGCUGCUUGUCCCCUUUCCCUCCUGUUUCCUGCUCCAGCCCUGUUUGUUGAUUGUUGCCAGCGUCGUCCUGUUCUCUCCGCCAGCCAUUUCUGCUUGUUGUGCGGUGACCCCUCCUCAACCCCGUCGAAGCCGCGCUUCCACCGCCAGCCAUCCUCCUUCAUUGUCAUUCCCAUUCUCCCACUACAUCUUCCUGGCUGCGCUCGCCCUUCCAACGCCCUCUUUUCUCUCGUCGAUCUCUCUGCGUUGCUGCGGCUGCGACUCCGCCUCCCAGAACUACUCACUACCAUCCGUUCCCCUCCUUCCCAUUCGUUGUCUCGCCAUUCUCUUCCGCCUCCUUCUCUAGUCUCCUCCAUUGAAAACUAUGGAUGGUAUUGACAUCAAAAAGUCAGUCUUUAGCAUGGGGAAGCAGACCGCCAAUGUUGUUCCUCAUCCUGCAAACGUCAAUGGCGGCAAGAAGCGACGGAAAGGCACCGAUUUGAAGCCUAUUGUUACUAAUGAAAACACCCCCGCGACCGACCCCGAAGGUGCCACCGUGAUUCCUCCUCCCCCUCAAAAGCCUUCCUCAUAUCCCAUCUCGCUAUCGCGCUCCUCUUCCUCCUCCGGUGAGGACCUCGAGACUACGGCGGAAGAGGAGGAUUCCGAGGACUACUGCAAGGGCGGUUACCAUCCCGUGAGUGUCGGGGAAACGUACAAGAAUGGUCGCUACGUCGUGGUGCGCAAGCUAGGCUGGGGUCAUUUUUCGACCGUAUGGCUCUCCAAGGAUACGGUCACUGGGCGACACGUCGCCCUCAAAGUCGUGCGCUCCGCGGCCCACUACACCGAAACCGCCAUCGAUGAGAUCAAGCUACUCAACCGGAUCGUCCAGGCCAAACCAGACCAUCCAGGUCGGAAACACGUCGUUAGUCUUCUCGAUUCUUUCGAGCACAAGGGUCCCAAUGGUGUUCAUGUCUGCAUGGUAUUCGAGGUGCUGGGAGAGAACCUGCUAGGUCUGAUCAAGCGCUGGAAUCAUCGCGGCAUUCCCAUGCCGCUGGUGAAGCAGAUUACGAAGCAGGUACUAUUGGGGUUAGACUACAUGCACCGCGAAUGCGGUAUCAUCCACACCGAUCUAAAGCCGGAGAAUGUGUUGAUCGAAAUCGGCGAUGUCGAGCAGAUCGUACAGACCUACGUCAAGGAGGAGGCCAAGAAGGAUACCAAAGGGGACAACCGUAAUGGGCGCAGACGUCGACGGACUCUCAUCACGGGGAGUCAGCCGCUGCCCAGUCCGCUGAACACCAAUUUCAGUUUCGAUUUUAAACACUCCACACACAAUUCACAUAGCAGCCUCAGUCAGAUUGUCAGCGAGACUUCCAGUAAGUGUUAUUCUAAUCGCGUACCUUCAUUCCCGAGUGCUGAGUGUCUUUCCCCUCCUCUUUUAAUAGCCCCGACUGGAAAGGAGGACUUCUCGAUGAAGGAGCGACUUGGUAUCAAGGACGAUGAUGAGAAGCAGAAGCAACGGGAAAAGACAACGUAUGUUCACUUUUUCUUUCCCCCACCCCUUAAUGCUGCAGUGCACGCGGAAAUCGAUCCUCUAAACCGUCUCCGAAUUAACUGAGAAACAGGGAUCUGCUGGAAAGGGAGGUUUCGGGUAUUUCACUCGACAAGGAUACUUCCAAGACGCCAAGUGAUGGGCCAGAGUCCCAUAUUAUUUCAGUCAAAAUUGCCGACCUAGGAAAUGCCUGCUGGGUUGGCCACCACUUUACGAACGACAUCCAAACCCGACAAUACCGUUCACCCGAAGUUAUCCUGGGCUCCAAGUGGGGUGCUAGCACAGACAUUUGGAGCAUGGCUUGCAUGGUUUUCGAGCUCAUCACUGGAGAUUAUCUUUUCGACCCUCAAUCAGGCACGAAGUACGGCAAGGAUGAUGACCACAUUGCCCAGAUCAUUGAACUCUUGGGCACAUUUCCCAAGUCGAUGUGUUUCUCCGGCAAGUGGUCGCACCAGAUAUUCAACCGCAAAGGCGAAUUGCGCAAUAUCCACCGACUGCGGCACUGGGCAUUGCCUGAUGUGCUAAGGGAGAAAUAUCACUUUUCACAGGAAGAGAGUAUGCGCAUCAGUGAUUUCUUGUUGCCGAUGCUGGAGUUGCUCCCCGAAGACCGGGCCAAUGCGGGCGGUAUGGUUGCGCACGAAUGGAUGAAGGAUACCCCAGGGAUGGAUUCGGUUGACCUCGGUAUUGCGCCUGGCACUCGGGGUGAGGGGAUUAAUGGAUGGGCUUCUGAAGUAAAGAGGAGAUGAACAGGAGGUAAAGAGAAAAAUUACUUCUUCAACAAGCUAGAGUGGAAUCGCGAUGGCAGAUAUACCCAACGUGCCUGAUGGGAUGGGAGGUUGGCUUACGAUCUACAAAUGUUACUGAUGCUCCGGUCUCAUGCUCCUUUUGCCUCUUCUGUCUUCUUUUAGCCCCUUCCUGUUCAGGGUUGGUGGUUGGAUUAAAGGGUUCUUUAUUGAUCUCAUGCUUUCCGCUCUUACCACUUCCCGCGCCUCAUCCUUUCUUUGCAUGGAUAGAGUCCGGAUCACACCGUGCCUGUUCAUCUGUCUAGGUAUGCGUCUGCUAUGAAUCGUUAUUGAUGGCCCAAUGGCCGUCUGGGCCGGUUAUCUGCAAGGGCUGGGUUGGCAUGCCUACACAUGACGGAGUACACCGAUAUAUCGUUUAUCUGUUCUGGCCAUUUUUGUUUUUGUCGCCAUCUCUCUCUCUCUCUCUUUUUUUUUUUUUUUUUUUUUUUUUUUC